GCGGGCGAGGUUGCUGGACGUGGACAUAGACAACGAGAGGGAGCAGGGUCAGAAGCCAAAGUAGUGCUGGUGAACGCAGAGUGGAGGAGCUUGCACAGCUAGGAGGAGAGCUGCUCGAGAUCCGGCGAAGAAAUACGAAGCGUCAAGAAGAGAAGGGGAGUUUCAUGGCGAACUCGAAAGGAGAGCUACGGGUACCGCAACAUGUCGCUCUGGCUUUCCCGCCCAGCCCUCCACCGACCUCGACCCUCCUCGCUCGACUGCUCCUCCGGUACUUGACCCAGCUUCUGCCAGCCGACAGUGAAGCUACGAGCUCGAGCAGAUCUUCCAUCGGGCUCUUCGGCAAGUCUUCACCUCCUUCUGCUCGUCAGCUGGCAUACCAGGAGACAGAGGCAGCAAGAAGGGUCCUCUCCUUGCGCAACGCUGUUCGCUGGUGCGCCAUCCUCGGUGUAUCAGAAGUGAGCGUGUGGGACGAAGGAGGAGAGAUCAGUCGAUGGCUUGCUUCGGGCUCACAAAGGGGGUUCGAGCCUUGCAGUGGGCUGUGGAGGAUAGAUGUGAAUGUCGAAGAGGAGCAGGUACCGAUUGUGAUCGAGGUGAGGGAUGGUGAGAGGCGGAGACAAUUGGCGAUGAAGACGAGUAAGGUCAAGCUGCAGAACGGAAAGCUUCAAAGUCAUACCCUGGGCUCUGAGGAGGUCCCUGGGAGCCCUCUGUAUAUCGUGCUCAACCUUCUGACGCCGAGGUGGGACGGUCGUACAGCCUUUGCGACGCUCUCCGGGGCGCUCGUCGGUAAAGUGAAGAGGGAAGGAGAAGACGUUGUGACUGGCGAUAGUCCAGCGCACAAGGGCAUGAAUGGUCAUGCAGGUGUAGACAAGGACUGGCUCAGCAAAAGGAUAGACAGUGCCAAGGGCUUCCUCAUACCGAGCCAGACUUGCUGAUCGUCUCUGGAGGGGAUCCGAUAGCACGGACUCUGAGUGACUUCCCAAGAUGGAUGAUUCGAGUCACGGAGAUCUUUCAUGCUCCUGCUUCUGCACCU